GGUAAACUAUGAUCAGGUGGAUUGUAUUACUUUGUGUUUGUCUGUCCGUCACCUCGGCAACAUUCAACAAUUAUCAGCAAAUCAGCAGCUAUGAGGAGCACUCCUUUCUGGACCCUGAGGACACACUGAGUGUGAGCGUCCCACUGGAGCUGCCUCAGCGUCCUCUACUGGGCAGCACCUUGGUACUACCCUGCUACUUCCAGGAUCACACCGUCCACGACCCCGGCGCCCCCACCAUUGCCCCCCUGUCCCACCGCAUCAAAUGGAGCCGCGUCACUAAGGAGCGUGUCUCUGUCAUCCUGGUGGCCAUGGACGGAGAGGUCAAGGUGGAGGAGGACUAUCUGGACCGGGUCCACAUGGUGGGCUACCCCCAGACCCCCACUGACGCCAGCAUCAAGAUCACAGAGUUGAGGUCCAACGACACCGGCACCUACCGAUGUGAGGUCCAGCACGGCAUCGAGGACAACCAUGACACUGUGGACGUCCUGGUUCAAGGUAUCGUGUUUCACUACCGGGCCAUCACGACACGCUACACUCUGACCUUUGAGAAGGCCAAGGCAGCCUGUAUCCAGAACAGUGCUGUGAUCGCGACCCCAGAGCAGCUCCAGGCCGCGUAUGAUGACGGCUUCCACCAGUGUGACGCYGGCUGGCUCUCCGACCAGACUGUCAGGUACCCAAUCCAUGAUCCACGUGAGAAUUGCUAUGGCGACAAAGACGAGUUCCCCGGGGUGCGAACUUACGGAGUGAGAGAUGUCAACGAGACUUACGACGUGUACUGUUUUGCCGAGAAGAUGACAGGCAGUGUGUUCUACUCUGGCUCUGUGGCUAAGUUCACCUACUCUGAGGCUGAGGAACAGUGUAGUAAGCAGGGCCCGUUGGCCACCACAGGACAGCUGUACCUGGCCUGGCAGGCUGCUGAUGUGUGCAAUGCAGGCUGGCUGGAGCAGGAGCUCCGCUACCCCAUCAAUGUCCGAGCCCAGUGUGGAGGGGUCUGCUGGGGGACGGACGUGUACCUCCACGUCAACCAGACGGGACCACAGAGAGCGAGGCGCUGGGAGGAGACCUGGCCACCCAGAAACCCACUAGCGUGGACUUCACCUUUGGCACUGAGUUGCCCCUGCCACAGCCGCCCAGUGUCACCGAGCUGCCCCUGCACAGCCCGCCCAGUGUCACCGAACGCCCCUGCCACAGCCGCCCAGUGUCACCAGCUGCCACAAGCCCCCAGUGUCACCGAGCUGCCACAGCCGCCCAGUGUCACCGAGCUGCCACAGCUGCCCAGUGUCACCGAGCUGCCUCUGCCACAGCCGCCCAGUGUCACCGAGCUGCCUCUGCCACAGCCGCCCAGUGUCACCGAGCUGCCCCUACCACAGCCGCCCAGUGUCACCGAGCUGCCUCUGCCACAGCCGCCCAGUGUCACCGAGCUGCCUCUGCCACAGCCGCCCAGUGUCACCGAGCUGCUCCUGCCACAGCCGCCCRGUGUCACCGAGCUGCUCCUACCACAGCCGCCCAGUGUGAGAGAGUUGGUUGUGGAUGUGGUGGGGAGAGUAACGGCCAGGCCGGAUGUGGGGAGUGAGAUCGGCGAAGGGAGCGGAUCAGGAUAUUUAUUUUCUGCUACAGGCGUGGUGUUCCACUACCGUGCUGGAUCUAGCCGCUACGCCUUCACCUUCGUGGAGGCCCAGCUGGCCUGUCAGAGUGUUGGAGCCUCCAUCGCCACCCCAGAGCAGCUCCAGGCUGCCUACGAAGCCGGCUACAACCAGUGUGAUGCAGGCUGGCUUCUGGAUCAGACCGUCAGGUAUCCCAUCGUGUCUCCUCUGGAAAAGUCUGGGGAUCUGGAGACUUUACCAGGAGUGAGGUCCUAUGGACGAGGCCGCUGACGAACAAUAGAUGUGUACUGCAACGUGGACAGACUCAGGGGUGAGAAAACACACUAG